AUGGCGCUGUCCAUCAUGCACAGACUGCCGUUUGCGCGGUCGACGACGCCGCUGCAGGCGGCCACGUACCUGUUGGGCAUCUCGCUCUUCUCCAUCUCCUUCCUCGUCUUCCUCAACAGCAGCAUCUCGUUUGUCAUCACAGACCGCAUUGGCGUCAAGAAUGGUGUGGGUGACAUUGUCGGCACGCUGGGCUUCGUCGACGAGCUUGUCGCCCUGGUCGCCUGUCCCGUCUGGGGUCUCGUGUCCGAUCGUCUGGGCGUGCGUCUGGUUGCCGUCAUCGGCUAUGCUGUCAUCGCUCUCGCCCUCGUCCUGACCGUUACGGCUGUCAAUGUGUAUCCCCAGCUGCUGCUGGCUCGUAUUUUGUUUGCCAUUGGGGCCACGGCAGCGGCCACAAUGGUCACAGCUAUUCUGCCGUCUCUGACGGCUGAGACGGCAGACACGUCCCAGAACGACGAUGCCGCCAACAGCCCGCCCAAGACGAGACGCAACCCCCGCGACAGUGCGCUCUCGAUGGAGUCCCAGCUGACCAUCACGCCCGAGCGUUUUGCCGAGAGCCAGCAGCAGCAAAGCCGUGCCGAUAGCGACGACGAUUCGCAGGCUGCCAGCAAGCCUGGCAAGCUCGCCGGUUUUGUCGGCGUCUUCACCGGCUGCGGCGCCCUCGUGGCCCUCUCGCUGUUCCUGCCGCUGCCGGCGCAGUUUGGCCGCGUCGACGGCAUCACCAUGGCCGAGGCCGUUGCCCACAGCUUCUACGUCGUCGCCCUCGUCGCCCUCUUCAUUGCCGUCUUUGUCUUUUUCGGUCUGCGAGGCCUACGUGGUGAGGAAGGCAAAGGCUGGCACAUGCUGCUCGGCCAUCCUUCUGCUGCAGCCCCUGCUGCUACGUCUUCUCCUUCUUCAUCUCGCCGUCGUACCGACUUGCUCAGCAUCGACGAAGUGCUCGCGGAAAGCCGAACGGAACAGCCCCCCUCUUCUUCACCCGUCCCAUACUGGCGACUGCUCCGUGACUCUGUGCGGCUCGGCUUCACCGACGCCGACAUUGCCCUCGGCUACCUGGGCGGCUUCGUGGCCCGUGCCUCGACCGUGGCCAUCUCGCUGUUUGUGCCGCUCUUUGUCAACGCCUUCUUCAUCCGCAACGGCUACUGUCAGGGCUCGCCCCACGACUCGUCGCCUGAGCUGAAGGAGGAGUGCCGUGCUGCCUACGUGCUGGCGUCUAUCCUGACGGGUGUCGCCCAGCUGAUGGGCCUGCUAUGCGCCCCGCUCUUCGGCUACCUCUCGAGCCACCGGCCUGGUCGCGUAAAUGUGCCCAUCGUCGUGGCCAGCCUCUUUGGCGUCGCCGGCUACCUGCUCUUCGCCCUGCUGCCGAGCCCUGAGUUCAGCGACGAGGCUGGCCGUGGUGGCUCGCCCAUCGUCUUCCUGGCCGCCACCCUGAUCGGCAUCAGCCAGAUCGGGGCCAUCGUAUGCAGCCUUGGUGCCUUGGGCAAAGGCGUCCUCGCGUCUGGACACAACGACAUCACCACCGACGGCCCUGAGACCGCUCCACUCCUCGGCGCUGGCCUUGACGGAUCUGCCUCCUACGACGGCGUUGAUGCCGAGGCCACCACCAGCCACCACCGGCGGCUAUCCUCUGUCCCGGGGACGGCAGCCUCGCGCAUCCGCCUCAAGGGAUCCAUCGCCGGCAUGUAUUCGUGGUGCGGUGGGGCUGCCAUUCUGCUGCUCACCAAGCUGGGCGGUUAUCUGUUCGACCACUGGACCACGGCCGCCCCUUUUUACCUCAUGGCUGCCUUUAACGUGGUCCUUCUUGUGGCCAGCGUCAGCAUCGAUGUUGGGGGGGCCGUCCGACGGUUGUCGCGGUAA